UUCCUGUUCCUGCCCAAUCGGAAUAUUCCGCGAAAACGUCAAAUGUUUUUGUGUUGUUAUUCAUAUCGGCAAACAUGGACAUUAAAUCUGUUCAUACACAAUUAAAUAAGCACAAAGAUGCUAUUCGUAAUACAGUUGAGUCACUUAAUGAGUUCAGUUCUCUUGUGUGUUUUCUUCGAAUCAUUUCUUGCAACGGCGACAGUCCGUGCAAUUUUUCUGAUGCUUGGUGUGUAGCUGAAAGAAGUGUAGAUGUAGACAGCACAGGAAGGAACCCAAUAGUUUAUUUCGCAGAUUUGUUUGACGUUACAAUUCUUACACAGUUUCUAGAUACAGGCACUUUACCUGAACAUAAGAAACAAAGCAGUACGGCACUACUGAAAUCAUUUGACAGAUUGGCAAAAUUUCUAGAUAAUUAUGAAGAAACAAGCAAAAUACUACAGAAGUAUUCAGAAAAGAAUUUAAGAGAAGUUGAAUGGGCUGGAAUAUUUGGAACACACAUAGCAAAACAACUUGCAGUAGUCCAGGAUAUGAGAAUGAGUGAUACUGGUUAUGAGAAAGUCAGUGUAUGCAUUUGUGGUUGUGGAAAUGACUUGGAGUACGGAGACACGAGUAUGGGAAAUAAGCAAGUUUGGCAUGGCAGUAUUGACAUCUUUUUGGGUCAUGUGGCAAUAGAUGUAGCAUGGCAAGCAACUGACAGUAGUAGCACAUCAGCUUUUGAAUUGGAUACAGAUAACCUGGACAAGUAUCGACACCAGCUUAUUGCGGAAACUAUUGUAUUUUCUUGUACUCGAAGUAAAGGACUUGUUCCUACAAUUGCAGUUUCUAGAGAAAAAUUGAAAGUAUUUCUGUAUGAUCAUGAAUCAGACCUCCUCUUUGAAAGCAAAGAGUUUCCACUUGCCAGUUUCACAAAGGAGAAAGAGCUGCCUUACCAAACUAUUUUAGCACUCUGGCUUGCCAUUAAUUACUCCUUGUUUGGUUCGGGGAUUAGUCCUGUCUAUAAACAGGCAGGUUACUUUGCAAAUUUCAAGCCAUUUAUUACUGAGAAAAAGAAAUGUGAAAUAUAUGUGAAGGAAAUGCAUUUAUUUGGCUGCAAAAAGGUCCUUACAAUGUUACCUCCUUUGAGCGCUACUGUAGACAAAAAAGGGCAAAAAGGAUUUUGGCAUGUACCUAGAUCAUAAUCAGUACUUAGAGUUUACAUUUUUGUAUCUUCUAAAUAAAAAGGUCACAACAAGAGCACUGCAAUGUGGAGCAAUAUACGCUCAAAGGUAUGACCAUUGUGUGACCUUGACCCUUGUAGCUAGCCAUCCAGAACACGCGCUUUGCACAUCGUCUCAAUGUGGUGAACAUUUAUGUCAAGUUUCUUUGAAAUCCUUCAACGGGUUCAUUAGUUACAGAACGACGACAUUUGACCCCAAAGUGUGACCCUGACCUUGAAGUAAGAGAUCCAGAACAUGCUAAGUUUCUUUACAAUCUUUCAAGCAGUUAAAGAGUUACAGAGUAGACAUGAAACACACUCAUGACUAUUGGCCACUAAGUGUGAGUGAGCCACACAAAACACUUGCUCUGCAUGUCAUCUUGAUGUGGAGAACAUUUGUGUCAAGGUUCUUCGAAAUCCUUCCAGGGGGGUCAAUAGUUACAGAGUGGACACGAAGCGCACGCAUAUGACCUUUGACCCCCGAGUGUUAUCUCGACCUUGAAGCGAGCCAUCUGGAAAAUGCGCUCUGCAAGUAGUCCCGAUGCGAUGAACAUUUGUGUCAAAUUUCUUUGAAAUCUUUCAAGGGGUUCAAGAGUUAGAGAGCGAACACAAAAUUGCUAACGGGCGGACGGACUGACAGACAGACACGGGGGUAUUAUAACAUAAUAAGUCCCAUACAAAAUGAAUUCUACGGAGGUCAAAAUCAGUUUGCUUUAAUUCAUAUGCAUUCUGCUUCAGUUGGAAUUUAUUACCAUGGUUAAAAUUUGAUAACUGUUAUAUGUAUGGAAACAAAAAGGUAAAAAUGCAGUUCCCUUACUGAGAAUUGUAGAUGUCAUGUAAGAAGUGUACUUGAGAAGUUGUACUACACACCAGGGAAUUUGCAUGUACUAGUAAUAUCCACAUAAUACCCUGCUCAGUUCAGUUUGAAAACAUCUUUUUGAAUUGCUGUAUAAUAAGUAAUAACUGAAAAAUGUUUACAAAACUUGUUUUUCAGAGAGGAUACAACUACCUGCUUGUUUAAUUGUUACGUUAUUGAUGAACAAUUUACAGUGACAUGUACAUUCAAACAAAAAUAUUACUAUUGAACAUUUUUAGCUAGCUUGAGCACGUAUGGAACAUGUUGAACUGUUGUGACUGCUCUGUCUAUUCUGUAAUCUUGUUUUGUUAGCUCACCUGACAUUUUGUGCCAAGGUGAACUUUUAACGUGGAUGAUUGUCCGUCGUCCGUCAACAUUUUGCUUCGAAAGACAUCUCUUCUAAAAUCAUUGGACCAGUAUCAGUGAAAUUUGGCAGGACGUUCCUUGCAUGAAGCUCUACCAAAACUGUUCGAAGAAUUCCAUUCCACGCAAAACUCUGUAUGAAAAAAGCUGUAAUAUUCUUCUUCUCCAAAAGUACAAGCCCUAGAGCUUUGAUAUUUGAUAUGUAACAUUGUCUAGUGGUACUGUACCAAGUUUGUUCAAAUCGUGGCCCCAGGGGCCACACCCAUCAGGCGAAGAGGUCUCUUUAGAGUUAGGAGAAACAUCACUUCCAAUGAUUUUCUUUAGCAACCAGUGACUUGCCAAGCUACCACUAAAAUGGCUUUAUAUGGGUUACAGUCAUUAAGAUCUAGGUUUUUGGGCUACAAAAUCCUUUAUACAUGUACACUAACUUCUUCUAGAACACAUGUAGCUAAAAGCAAACCACAACUUAUUUGUAAAACACUUUGGCUUGCGAUCAUCAUCCUGUCUCAGGUGAGCAGAGAAGUCCUCUGACAGCUCUUGUUUUGACUUUGUAGUUUUUAACUUGACUAUUAGAAGAAUAUGGAGAGCUUAGGCUACUCACCUGGCGUCGGUGUUGGUAAAAGUUUUUAUGAAAUGGUAAUAUCUUGUGUACCAUCAAAGAUAUUUACUUCAAACUUAAAACACUUGUUUAUUAUAACAGUCUCUACCUGUAGGCAAGAAUACAUAACUCUGUCAGAUAUUUUGGCUGCAUUAUGGCCCUUUUUGGACUUGGAAAUUGGUUCAGAUUUCGUACAAGUCCAUGUUUUGUAAGAAACUAUUUGACAUGCGGCUUUGGAACUUUAAAAACAUGUUUAUUAUAUUACCGGAUAGUCUCUACCUUAGGUAAGAUUACAUAACUCUUGUCAACACUUGGCUGAAUUAUGGCCCUUUUUGGUCAGUUUUUGUACAAGUACAUGUUUUGUCAAAAUUAUUUGACAUGUGGCUUUGAAACUUUGAACACUUGCUUCCGGUAAUUAUCAUGAUUUCCAUUUGUAGGCAUGAAUGCAUAACUCUGCCAAAUAUUUUGGCUGAAUUAUGGCCCUUCUUCGACAUGGAAAUUGAUUUGGGUGUUUUCGUACAAGUCCAGGUUUUGUCAAAAUUAUUUGACAUGUGGCUUUGAAAUUUUGAACAAUUGCUUAUCAUCAUGAUUUUCAUCUUUAGGCAAGAUUACAUAACUCUGUCAACUAUUUUGGCUGAAUUAUGGCCCUUUUUGGACUUUGAAUAUGGUACACUGGUUUUGUACAAGUCUCCAUUUUAUCAAAACUAUUUUUUGACAUGUGGCUUUAAACACUUGUUUAUUGCCAUGAUCUCCAUCUGUAAGCAAGAUUACAUAACUCUGUCUACUAUUUUGGCUGAAUUUUUUGACUUGGAAAUCAGUCAAAUUUUUCACACCAGUUCAUAUUUUGCCUAACGUGUUUGUCAUAUAGGUUUGAAACUUUGACCACUUGUUUACCAUCAUAGUCUACAUGUGUUUACAAGACUUUAUAACUAGGACAAUAAUAAUAAUAAUAGACAAUGACUUUUGCUCAGUUAUGGCCCUUUUUAGCUCAUCUGAUUUUUUGGAAAAAAAAAGUUAUUGUCAUCACUUGAUCGGCGUCGGUGUUGCCUGGUUAAGUUUUAUGUUUAGGUCAGCUUUUCUCCUAAACUAUCAAAGGUAUUGCUUUGAAACUUGCAAUACUUGUUCACCAUCAUAAGUUGACCCUGUACAUCAAGAAACAUAACUCUAUCCUGCUUUUUGCAAGAAUUGUUGCCCUUUUUGGACUUAGAAAAUCAAUUUUCUUGGUUAAGUUUUAUGUUUAGGUCAGCUUUUCUCCUAAACUAUCAAAGCUAUUGCUUUAAAACUUGCACACUUGUUCACCAUCUUAAGCUGACCAUGUACAGCAAGAACCUUAACUCCAUCCUGCUUUUUGCAAGAUUUAUGGCCCCUUUUGGACUUAGAAAAUAUCAGAUUUCUUGGUUAAGUUUUAUGUUUAGGUCAAUGUUUUCUCUUAAACUAUCAAAACUAUUGCUUUGAAACUUGCAACACUUGUUCACCAUCAUAAGCUGACCCAGAACAUCAAGAAACAUAACUCCAUCUUGCUUUUUGCAAGAAUUAUUGCCCCUUUUGGACUUAGAAAAUCAGUUUUCUUGGUUGAGUAUUAUGUUUAAGUCAGCUUUUCUCAUAAACGAUCAAAGCUAACAGUUUUUCACCAUCAUAAGCGGAGGCUGUACAUCAAGAAAGUUUAACAUAACUCUAUCCUGCUUUUUGCAAGAAUAAUGGCCCUUUUUAGACUUAGAAAAUCAUGGGUAGGACAAUAUUUCUAUUAUACAAAAAAAAUCAGAUGAGCGUCAGCACCCGCAAGGCGGUGCUCUUGUUUAUGGUCUAGCUCGCCGACACAGCUCUUGUUUAGUUUAGUUUAGUUUGUGUAAUUAUUCUUUUUCUUGUUUUAUAGAUUUAGCGUCAUAAAAUGAUGUUGUUCCGUUAGUACUUGUUUGUGUCAUUGCAUUUUUAGCUCACCUGUCACAUAGUGACAAGGUGAGCUUUUGUGAUCACGCAGCGUCCGUAGUCCGUGCGUCCGUCCGUGCGUCCGUCCGUCCGUAAACUUUUGCUUGUGACCACUCUAGAGGCCAUAUAUUUCACAAGAUCUUCAUGAAAAUUGGUCAGAACGUUCACCUUGAUGAUAUCUAGGUCAGCUUCGAAACUGGGUCACGUGCCGUCAAAAACUAGGUCAGUAGGUCAAAUAAUAGAAAAA